GUUGGACACAAUGGAGACAACCCAUCUGAGGACGUGUUUUGUGCUGCUUGUGUUUGGACUCACAGAGUUCGGUCCAUCAACAGCCCAGUCUGGAAGACAGCAGGUGCAUGGAAUCAUGGGAGAAUCUUUCACAUUUCCUGCUCCAGUGUUGACCAGAGGCUUCCUGCUUCAUGGAGAGCUUGGUGCUGUAGCUGUGAUCAUUGAAGGGAUUGAUUACAUACUACUGACGGACACAUUCAAAGACAGACUGCAGUGGGACAAACAGACUGGACUCUUCACCAUCACUGAGCUGAAACUACAGGAUGAUGGAGAAUAUAAAGUGGACAACAGUGAUGGACAGAGGAUCCAAAUCACAUUCCAGCUGACAGUGUACAAGCGAGUGUCCAAACCCACAGUGGACACACAGAACUGCUCAGUACUGUGUUCGGUGGAGAACGACAGAGAUGUGACCCUGUCCUGGACCAGAGAGAAGGAGAUCCUGAACAAGACCAGCAGUCCUCAUCUCAAAACCACCCUGUCUCUCCGUCUGGACAUAGAAAGACACCCAGAGACUUACUACUGUGAAGCGAAGAACCCAGUGAGCUCAGAGCGCCUUCGAGUGGACAGUGAGGAACACUGCGCUCCAACCAAGACCACGAAGGUGAAUUUGAGAUACAUCCCUGUGAUCCCCUCAACCGCUCUCCUCGUCUUCCCAGGAGUCUUUCUGUUUUACUUCAUCAAACAGAAGCCUGGAGAUGACGAUGGAGAUGAAAUAAAGACACUGGAAUCUGGGAGAAGAAAAGGGGAAGCUGACUGGAGUAGAACAGGAAUGAAUGAAUGAACAGGAUGGAAAGAAACUGGGCAGAUUUCAUAAGUUUUGCCCGUUACUGACCAAGGUAAACAAAAAAGCUGUAAUUUCCUCUGUUUGUCACACUCAUUACUGGGGAUCACAGAAACUCGCCAGUCAUGAGAAAAGAAAAUAUUGUCUGAUUUCAUUUAUUGUGAAGGGAGGUUGAAGGGGAGCACGGUGGUGCAGUGGGUUUGACCGCUUCCUGCUCUCCGGUG